GGGUGGAUGUACAGAAGAUGUCAAGCCACCAGUGUGUCCUGUAAUGGACAUUACCGACAACACUCAAUGCAAAUUUAACCUGUCCUCAUUCAAGAUGGUUUUUGUAGUUAAUAGUGAUUCAUAUAUGUACAAGAAACAGGCUCUCAAGCGGGCCAAACAAAGCCAUGAGCACGUGAGUCGAAGGAUGCGCAGUGGCUUAUUGUCAUGGCAUGGUAAUUGGUGCACAAGAAAUGUGUCUGAAGCAGAUCAGCGAGCUGCGAUGGACUGGUUUUUAGGACAUACAGAUGGCUUACGGCCGAACUGUACAAGAAUAGUGCGUAUUGAUGACCCUUCCCGACCACCUUUUGCACCCUAUAACAAGUACAAGUGUGAACUAGAAGAAAGUGGAGGGUCCUAACGCGUGGUGUUAAUCUUACCCCUGUCAUCUGGUCAGAGAUUAUCUUCAGAUUGAUAGGGGUGAGAAACUGUUUAUGUCAUUGGAGUCAAACUCCUUUACUAUGUGAGCUGUGACUUAGACUUUACUCUGAGGGUAAAGUUGUGUGGACGUCACCUCGAAGUACAAGAAUGUAGCAAGGAUGGUGGUGUGGACCGUAAGUUGCAGCAAGGCGGCAGGGAGUGUUGUGGGGAAGGGGAGGGGAGGGGUGAUAGAAAUGGAGCAUAUGCAACUUAAUCCUGUAGCUUGUGAUGGAGUUGCAAGAAUUCCAAGUUGUCAUGACAUCUACAAUGCAUCUUCUUCAAGCUAAGUGUACAAGUGUUGUAAGACUGAUGGCAACAGUAAUACUAAGCUAGUGAUGCAUAAAAUCAAUUGAUGUGCCUCAUGAAUGCCUGUCAGUACAAUGUAGUAUUAAAAAGUAAAUGCAAGUUGCAGCAUUGAAGCAUCCCAGUGACAAGAAUCUGCCCCACACAAGGACUGCCCACUCACCAUCCAUACCGCUGCAAGGUGUCCACAGCACAAACUUGCUACUAAAUUUUGCAACAACCACUUGUAUGUUUUGUUGCUGGGACCGAGAGCUUGGACUCUUAAAGAGAGCCAGUUGUACAAGUGAAUGAUAAUUAUAAUUUAUAGUUGUACAGAUGAUCUGAUUUACGUUUUUGUUAAUGAAGAUGUUUCCUUGUAUAAGACGAAAUUCAGGGGAGAUGGGGGCAACAGUGGUUAAUUGUGGGCUCCUUUUUAGCCAAAUCUCAUUCUCCCUACACACAAAAUAGGGCUUCUUCCCAAAAUGAGUUAUUUAUUGCCAGAUAUAUACAGUAUAUAUUUAAAUAUAUAGCAUAUAUGAUCAGGGAUAUGAAUUAUCAAAGGCAUUUGUUUGCCAUGUUUAUAUUCACCAGGAUUAAGUCAAAGGUGAUAAAAGAUAUACAUAAAAUAUGUAAAUAUUUUAUAAAUAUUUUAAAAUGUACAUGACAUUUUUUCAAACCCCACUACCACAUACAUUUUACACAAAUAUAUGCACACAUUACCUGUUACAUACACUUCCUUAUGAGUCAUCUGGAUGACUCGACAGACACUCGACAAGGAAAUGCCUUCCCUCAAUUCCUGGUAUAGUUACAGGCCACCCCAAACCCUCAUCUCCUCCCGAACUGGAUGUCUCAAAAAACUGCCGCGGCCUAGAUGACACUAUUUAGCUUUAAGAAGUCGCUCCGGCGUGGGUGUGCGUGCUACCAGAUUCGCCAGACUCAAAUGUUUAUCCUUCAACAAAGGAUGGGGCAUUACACAAACACAUUAUACUGGUUCCCAGAGCACUACUGCCACUGCCAAGGGAGUGCAAUAAGGCAAUCUCCAAGGUUGUGAACAUUCUAGUGGUGUGUGGCAGCUGAGAUACCAACCAGGGGAACCUUGAUACAAUUUUUCUUGUAACUUUAUCAUUCAUGGACAAUUGCUUUUACAUUACAGUGCUUCUGUUAUUGGAUUUAAAGUGUGGAAUGUUUGCUUCAUGCAGGCGUUCACAAUUUGUUUUCAUAAUUUUUAAAUGGUCGUAUAAUUUUGGACAUUAAAUUGUUUCACUUCAAUAUAAUUUAAUAUUUUAAGCCUUUGAUGCUGUUUACUAAAACAUGCCAAUUUAAAUAUUGUGCCACGGGAAAUGAGGAUACUGUCCAGAAUGUCUCCUUUAAUCAUCACUAAAAUUAUUUUUUGUAGUACAAGUUGUAGGACGAAAUAAAGCACACCUAAGUUGGUGACUUCCGUGUAUUUAGAGAAAUAUUUCUUUUCUAUCCCUCAUGUCAAUCACAGAAAGUGUUUGUAAUAGACAUUGAAAACAAUAAAUCUUUUUACAUUCUA